AUGGACCUGGGACAGAUCACCGAAGCCAAUCAACUAAAAGCUCGAGUCCUCCAGGGUGAGGACAUCUACGAUACAACGGGUGCAGCCAAUGUGACGGACGAGAUUGUCAGGGUCCAACAGACCCUCUCCCCGCUGGUCCCCAGCGACGUCCCCAUUCUCCGGUGCGUGGGCCUCAACUACGCCAAGCACAGACCACGGCGAACCCAUCGCGAUGCCGCCCAUCGCCCAGAUGACCAAGCAGACUACGAGUAG